CUUCCCGCCCCCUCCCCUUAGCAACAGAAGCAACAUGGCGGCGUCCAGUAACGCGGAGCCCUCUCCGGAGAUAACGACACCAUUAAAGAUUCCGAAAACCGAGGUGCCAUCUCCCGAGUCCGAGGAUUUGAGCGACAGCAUCCAAUACCACUCCAAUCCUUCGACACCGAACCGCUUCUCGCCUCUGAACGUGGGUUCUGGAACCGCGGGCCGGACGGCGGCCUCAUCCUCCUCUAACAGCUUCACCGCCUGCCGGGGGAUGUCAUGGACGCCGUCCGAGACAAACGCCCUCAUCGCGGUGUGGGGCAACGAGAGGCUCACGGAGGCGCGGAUGCAGCAGCUGGAGGUCGCGGGCACCGUGUUCUCCGGGAAGCCGCCCGGUCCUGCCAUGUACGAGCGAGUGUCCAGAGCGCUGUCGGACCUGGGGUAUGAGAGAACACCUUCCCAGUGCAGGGAGAGGAUGAAGACACUUAGGCGCUGCUACAGCCGUGUGAAGGAGCAUGGGAUCGGGAAGAGGAAGAGCAGCUACACCUUGGAGCAGCUGGAGAAGGUGUUCGGUCAGGGAGGCUGGGACUCUCAGAGCUGUGCCCCGGUGCUGAUCAACAGCAGCGGGUUGUACCAGGAGAUGGAGUCUGACAGCAGCACGCUGGAGGACUUCUCGCAGGAGGACUGGUGCAACCAGGUGCUGGACUCGGCCUUCCAGGAGGGAGACAUGGACACCGAAGAACUACAGGUGCCUAAAAGCAGAGCUCUACAGAUUCAAGCAGAAUUGUCUGAAUUAACCCAGAAAAGGGAGGCGAUGCAGACCGUGGUCCGCAUCCUGGAGUCGGUGCAGCUGAACUGGGAGCAUUUCCAGACGUGGACCGAGUUCUCCCGGCUGCACCUGUCCAACAAGCUGGCCAUCUUUGGCGUGGGCUACAACACGCGCUGGCGCGACGACGUACGCUACCACUACGCUGAGAUCAGCUCGCAGGUGCCGCUGGGCAAGCGGCUCAGGGAGUACUUCAACCCGGAGAAGCCGGAGGGCCGGGUCAUCAUGACCAAGGUCCAGAAGAUGAACUGGAAGAACGUCUACUACAAGUUCCUGGACAUCACCAUCAGCGAGGCGCGCUGCCUGGAGCUCCACAUGGAGGUGGACUGGAUCCCUGUGUCACGGCCGCCGCUGGCGAGCAGCAAAGGCUCGUCCCACUACCUCCUGCCCUGUUUCGUCCCCAAGACGCACGGCCUGUACGCCAUCGGCUGCGAGGCACCGCCAGCCUGCGACGCCGCUUGCACGCCGCCUCCUCCGGCCAACGACGAGGAGGAGGACGACAGUAGCUCGCCCCGGCGGGAGGCAGAGAACGGGUCGGAGCACGGCAUCAGGACUGGGCCCGCCAUCACUUACUGCUACCUGGGCGUCGCCGAGGACAGGACCAUCCAGCAGUGCCUCUCCCAGCACUUUCAGGGACCCGGGAAGCACUGCGUCUAUGGGGAGCCGUCCGGCGUGACGCGCUUCCUGCAGGAGAACGGCGGCGGCUCCAGGACGGAUCAGCAUGGCGGAGACUCGCUGCAGCGCUGCGCCGUUUACGUGAAAUUCAUUGAGGUGGAGCUGGACUUCCUCUCGGCGGGCUCCCUGGUGGAAUGCCUGGAAACGGCCGUCGGUUAUUCCUUAAGGUUCAACAACAAGGACACAUCGUAACCACCACCCCGUCGGUUUACAGACGACUCUACAGCUCUGGUGGAGGCAGCGUCAUGCUGCGGGAUGCUCUUCUGGUUAAGCAGCUUAAAAAAAAAAGUAAAGAAAUUAUUAUUAUUUUUUUUUUUUUUGUCUCUGGCUGUCAUGGAAACAAGCGUUGACGUGUAACGUUCAUUUGUCGCUGAGAGGUGUAUUUAUGUACGCGUCGCCAGUUAAAAGCUGCCCUCCAUAAUAAGCUCAUGAAGUUAUUCAGAAUACUAAAUCCUUCAGUUUCGAUGCAGAGUUUCAUCGGAGUUCAAGUGUUCAAUCUGACGGAGUUUCUAAAUGAACAACAGUUUCUGCCUCAGUAUGAUCUGCAGCACUGACAACGGCGCUUAUUAUUGAAUAUUGUGCACUAGGAUUCUCCAGCUGCUUGUUAGGUUUUAUGUGACAUGUCUGAUCAGGGAGAGCAGGGCUGGAGGUGGGUAUGUGUGUGGCUGCGUGUGUGUGUGCAUGUGUGGGUGGGCGUUACGCUGCAGUAUGCAUCUGACUACCUCAGUAGGACGCAGCAAACCAAGCAGUGAGGGACCACAGCUGGAUGUAUUCAGAAACUGCCUUCACUUGGACUGUUGGUUUGAGUCCACAGAGCAUCUAUGGGUAGAGGCGGAGUCAUGCCUUAUGUUUUGCACAUGUGGCGGGUUUAGCAGCAAGAGAUGCUUCCACACAAACUACAGAACCUUUUACUCCACGGCCAGAUGGCGUAAGCCGGCGUCAACGGAAACGAGUGUAGGUCCGGACGAGGAAGCAGGAUUCAUUGCUUUUCGAGAUAACACCAAGCUCAGAUUAAGAUCGUCAAUGUUUACGACGAUAACUGAUACCUUGUUACAGGCCAGGAUUCCAAUGACCAAUCUGUUCCCUGAGAGAGAAUAAAUAAUAAUAUUAAUAAUAAUAAAAAAACAAUAAGAAGAAAACCGACCAGAAACAACUUCCUAAUGAAGUGUCUCUGGCGGAUAGUUAUGCAGCCUAGAAUCGUCUUCUGCAAACAUCUGAAUCACAAAAUGACCAGUUUAAACAGUUAAAUGUCACAUUUAAAUUUUUUUAUUUGAUGUUUUGUGUUUCACAAUCGUUCCAUUUAGGAAUGUACUCCACGGUUUUCUGGCCGAUCACCAAUCUUUUAAAAAGUCUUACCUGUUCGAAAAGACUUUUUAUUGGUCUUUAGGCCAAAGCCAAUAUUUUUUGUCUAAAUUAUAGCAAGAAGGUACCUGAGUUGGCAACAAUGGGGUCACUGUUGUUAACUGCGAACGUACACGCCAGAGCAACAGAGGACAGUAGUUGAGUUUUAGACUUUUAGACAAAAUCAGCUUCACGUAUAAGUAUCAGCCAAUCAGUGAUCUCCCAAAAUGAAGGAAAUCAGGGAGGAUCUAUCGGUGCACCCGUAGAUCUAUUGAUUGAGUUUUGAAUCCCUCCCCACAGCUUUUGUACAUUAGAGCCCAAAUCAAUCAUUAACAAUUAAUAUAAGUUGUCAAAGGGAGUAUUAAAUAGAGGUGCACCAAGAAAAAUGACCUGCAUUUAGUGAGUUCAUGCAAAAAAAUUGCCCGAAUUGGCGGUCAGGCAUUUUAAAUAUCAGAGCUCGGCCAGAAAAUGCAAUCGGUGCACACCGUAUAUUAAAACACAAAAAGACCAAAACUGUGCAGCAGCGAUUUGAAAGUGUGGAUGAAGCUGGUUGAGAUGUUUCCAACAUUCCUAAUAAACCAAUUAAACAUGAGCACAUUCACCAGGAAAAAAAUAUAUAUAUUGAAAUUGUUUUAUCUAUUUUGAUCGAUUAAAUUGCAAAAUCCUGGGAUUGUAUUUACUUUAUAGUAGAUUAACAUAAUAGUGAUCACUGGAACCAUAUAAUACAGACACUAAAUGGUUAAACUUGUUCAAAUAGUUCAGAUUGAUCUCUUGAAGAAGUGGGCAAAAAUUAAAAGAACAUUUAAAUCCAAAACAAAGCCUGCCCACGUGGAGGCGCUGGUGGGUCACAUCUGUUCGGAAACAGUAAAAUCCUCUCCUGCAUCGUUUCUUGUUGCUCUGAUGCACAUGAACCUGCUGGGAUUUGUUCACAGAUUAGUUUGCAGCAACUCAGACCCAUCAGAAAAAAAAAAAAAAAAAAAAAAAUCCCGGUUCUGGUUCUGGUUUGGAAAUACCUGCCAGUCGUUUGGAGCAUCCCUUGCUGCUGCAGCCGCUGGCUGGUUGGUGAUGUAACGAUGUAAUAUUUCAACAGGAAACGUUUGCGUUGUUCAGAAGCCGACCCGACAUCGCUGCGGCUCAUUCAGGGCCCAUAAUAAAGCUGAACCCUUGAAGAGGAUCUGCAGGUUACGUGCAAUGAAUGUGCCAGGAAGCGACUGCGGCACACAACAAAACGUGGCGUGUCCAUAUGAAUCUAUGUAAUGUGAAAUACCAUAUAGCUUAUAUAAUAUAUAUUUGAGAACAUCGGUGUUCUUGAGCAUUCCAGCUUUUGUGAAAUGUAUUUGUUUGGGACAUCAAACAUAUUUAAAAAAAUGAUAUUUUUACCUCAUUGAUUUAAUGCCAUGUACUGUAUGUGCUUGUUUCUAAGUCACCAUGUUGUCUGUUUACAUGUUUGAAGAACAAUAAAUGGGGAACGCUCUGUGGUUAGCCACAUACUAAAAGUAACCGGUGUGUUAUUUAUUGGCUGGACAAU